CAAGGCAGUGAGGCAGACAUGGACAUCCCGUGCAUGAGACCCCGGGAAGCUGUAUAACAAUAGGCUGUUCUGAGCUUCUAGUGCUCGCUGCAGCUUCCCAAUGCCGGCUUUAAGCUCCCGGGCACCUUUGGCAUUAUACCCUGCUUUCCUCCGCAGCCCCGUACAGCUGCACAUUGAACCCUUCCUCCCCGCAUCGCAUUGUUAAUUAUUUCUGACUGUGUGUUUGGAAUCGAUCCUUCCCUGUGUCGGUCUGUGGAUACAAACCAUGUCUGGCAAACACCAGCAUUUCAAAGGACCUGAAGUCAGCUGUUGUGUCAAAUAUUUCUUAUUUGGAUUCAACAUAGUGUUUUGGUUGCUGGGGGCAGCUUUCCUGGCGAUUGCUUUGUGGGCAUGGGCCGAGAAGGGUGUCCUCUCCAACAUCUCGUCUAUCACUGAUCUUGGCGGCUUUGACCCAGUCUGGCUAUUCAUUGUUACGGGGGCUGUCAUGUUUAUAUUGGGGUUUGCAGGCUGCAUUGGAGCUCUGCGGGAGAACACCACACUCUUAAAGUUUUUCUCAGUCUUCCUGGGACUGAUCUUCUUCCUGGAGCUGACGGCAGGUAUCCUGGCCUUCGUGUUCAAGGACUGGAUCAAGGAUCAACUCAACUUUUUCAUUAACAACAACGUGAAGGCUUACCGCGAUGACAUUGACCUGCAGAACCUCAUAGAUUUUGCUCAGGAAUAUUGGUCUUGCUGUGGAGCUCAUGGACCAAACGACUGGAACCUCAACAUUUAUUUUAAUUGCACAGACUCCAAUCCAAGCAGGGAGCGGUGUGGAGUACCUUUUUCCUGCUGCGUAAAAGACCCAGCGGAAGAUGUUCAAAACACACAGUGUGGAUAUGAUGUGAGAUUAAAGCUGGAGCUAGAGCAGCAAAGUUAUAUAUACACGAAGGGAUGCGUUGGCCAGUUUGAAAAGUGGCUUCAAGAUAAUUUAAUAGUUGUUGCCGGGGUAUUUGUUGCUGUUGCGCUCUUGCAGAUUUUUGGGAUAUGUUUGGCUCAGAAUCUAGUCAGUGACAUCAAAGCUGUGAAGGCAAACUGGUGACUAAAUUCCCUCCAUGCCCUGCCACUGGACACCUCUUGACACUGGAGCCCACCCUUAUGGAACUGCACUGCAACAUCGCACAGACACAAAUUACCCCACAUAAACUUUGAGGGACUCCCUUUUUUGUUUCUUUUUGACAACGGCCAAACUGGUUUGAUGGUGGUCUUGCUCUUUUUUCCCCCCAUGUGUUAUAUAUUUAGUGAGGCUCAUGCCAUGCCUCACCCCCGAACCCACACUUCCUGCCCCUAGUUUCAUUCCAUUCCUGGGCAUGGAGGGGCUGGCAUUGGUAGCCAGUAUGUAAAUAGGUGCAUGUGCAAAAUAAGAA